AUGACUUUAAACAUCAGGGGGAUUGGGGAAUCACACAAAGUAGAUUGGGUACGUAAAUUAAAAUUUUCUCAAAAUGUUGAUUUCAUAUGUCUUCAAGAGUCUAGGGUAUCAGACUUUAAUGCAAUUGAUGUGAAUAGCUGUUGGGGGUCCGGAUAUUUCGAAUGUGAUCAUGUCAAUCCGACUGGUGGAUCAGGCAGUAUCUUAAGCAUUUGGGAUCCUCUAAUAUUUCGUAAAUCGCACACGGUUCAAUCAAGAAACUUCAUCGCUACUUCUGGGGUUUGGAAUGGGUUCCCUGGAAUCACUACAAUUGUCAAUGUUUAUGGGCCUCAAUCCAUAAUUGAAAAACGCAUUUUAUGGGAUAAACUAGUUGAGCUUAAAAGGAACCAGGUAGGAAUAUGGAUAUUUUGUGGGGAUUUUAAUGCUGUGAGGUCUAAUAGUGAAAGGUUCAACUCCUCUUUCUGUCAUUACACUGCCUCUGACUUCAAUCUCUUCAUCUCGGAGGCGGGACUUCAUGAAUUCAAGCUUGGUGGCAGAAACUUUACUUAUAUGAGGAAUGAUGGACUCAAACUGAGCAAACUAGACCGUUUCCUAGUAUGCCAAAACUUCAUCAAGAUACAACCUUUAUCCAUGUCGUUUGCACUUCCACGUGAGCAUUCUGACCACUCUCCGGUUUUGUUAAAACCUUCAAAUACCGACUACGAUCCUCCACCAUUUCGUUUUUUAAUUCCUGGCUGA